AAUUCACUUAAUACCGACAUACAGACAAGAACUUAAACGUACGAAGCCGACAGUGAAAACAGUGAAAAAGUGGACCAAUGAAGCAAAGAUGGAACUUCAAAGCUGUUUAGACUGCACAGACUGGAGUGUCUUUGAAAAGUCAGCUGGCAGCUUGGAUGAAUAUAUGGACACUGUCUCAUCCAAUAUCAUUUUCUGUGAAGAUGUGCGUGUACCAACAAAGUCAUUUCGCACAUUCAAUAACAACAUGCCGUGGUUCACUGCCAAACUUAAGCAACUAAGGGACAGGGCCAUGUAUAAUCGAGCUAGAAAUCUGCUGACUAAAGAAAUUAACACUGCAAAGAGGAACUAUGCACCAAAGUUGGAAAAACAGUUUAGCGCGAACGACUCUAAAUCAGUCUGGCAUGCAUUCCAAUAGCUGACCAAUUACAAGCGACGAUCCCCCCAACCUGAGAACAAUAGCACACAAGCCAACGACUUGAAUACCUUCUACUGCAGAUUUGAAAAGGACACUUUCACACCGCACACCCACCCAGCCGCACCACCGACCGCAAUCACACCUCUGACUUCUGCGUUAACCAUCUACGAAAAGAUUAACAAAGCGGCAGGCCCGGACCAUGUGUCCCCAUCCUGCCUCAAAGUCGCGCGGACCAGUUCACUCCAGUCUUCACACAGAUCUUCAAUAGAUCUCUGGAACUGUGCGAAGUACCAUCCUGUUUCAAACACUCCACCAUCAUUCCAGUCCCCAAGAAACCUACAAUCUCGGGUCUAAAUGACUACAGGCCUGUUGCCUUGACAUCUGUGGUCAUGAAGUCCUUUGAAUGUCUCGUGCUGGACCACCUCAAGAGCGUCACAGGUCCCCUGCUGGACCCCCUGCAGUUUGCCUACCGAGCAAACAGGUCUGCGGAUGAUGCAGUCAACAUGGGACUGGACUUCAUCCUAGAACACCUCGACAGUGCAGGGACCUAUGUGAGGAUCCUGUUCGUGGACUUCAGCUCAGCAUUCAACACCAUCAUCCCUGAACUCCUUUCCUCCAAGCUUCUCCAGCUCAGCGUCUCUCCUGCCAUCUGCCAGUGGAUUUACAGCUUCCUGACGGGCAAGACACAGCAGGUGAGGCUGGGAGAGACCACCUCAUCCACACGCAGCAUCAGCACUGGGGCACCCCAAGGUUGUGUCCUCUCUCCGCUGCUCUUCUCUCUCUACAUGAAUGACUGCACCUCAACGCACCCGGCUGUCAAACUCCUGAAGUUUGCAGAUGACACCACUGUCAUCGGCCUCAUCAAGGAUGGUGACGAGUCUGCAUAUCGACAGGAAGUGGAGCGGCUGGAGCUGUGGUGUGGCCGACACAACCUGGAGCUGAACACGCUCAAGACUGUAGAGAUGAUCGUGGACUUCAGGAGGCAUCCUUUGCCACAGCUGCCCCUCACGUUGUCCAGCUGCCUUGUGUCAACCAUCGAGACCUUCAAGUUCCUGGGAAUUACAGUCUCUCAGGAUCUGAAGUGGGCAACCAACAUCAACUCCGUCCUCAAAAAGGCCCAGCAGAGGAUGUACUUCCUGCGGCUUCUGAGAAAGCACGGCCUGUCACCGGAGCUGCUGAGACAGUUGGACACAGCGGUCAUCGAAUCAGUCCUGUGUUCUUCCAUCACAGUCUGGUUUGGUGCUGCUACAAAAAACAACAAACUCCGACUGCAACGGACAAUCAAAACUGCUGAAAAGAUUGUCGGUACCCCCCUACCCACCCUUGAGGACUUGCACGCUGCCAGAUCUAAGACAAGAGCGUGCAAAAUCCUCUCGGACGCUCCACAUCCCGGUCACCGGCUCUUCCAGCUCCUUCCCUCAGCGCUGCAGGAGCACUGUAACACCGAGCAGCCGACAACAGGACUUUCUCAUGGCGACCAAAAUGCUACCUCACAGACAGACCGGUCAGCUGGUGCCAAUGGUGUGUGUGAUGUCAGCGGGAAAGGGGAGGAGCCAGCAACAGAGGGUGCUCGUGAGAAUGGGCAGCAGAGUGAAGCCCAGCUGAAACAAACACAAUUACAUGGCCUGUCAGAGAAGAGCGUAGAGGAGAUUGUAGCUAAGCACUCAGCGCUAGGCUGGUCGGCUGCUCUGUGUCCAAUAACUCACUGCUUUGGAGCAGAGCUGGAGGUCGCCCUGAACACCCAGCAUGAGGAGAAGAGGCUGCUGAGGGAGCAACUGCGCCACCUGGAGGUGACCAAACAGGCUGAACUCUCCAAACUGCAGGAUGAAUUGUCAAAGAUGUCUGACAAGUUAAAGAAGAAACAGGAGAGUUUCCAGCGUCUUCACGCGGAGAAGGAGGUUCUGUACAACGACAGCAGGACAAAGAUUGAGGAGAUCAACCAGAGAAAAGAGGAAGAGCUCAAAUUGAUGAACACGCGAAUCCAUAAGUUUCAGUUGGAUUUAACUGCAGCCAGUCAGGUAACGAUGGAGCUGAGAGAGAAGCUUGAAACCAGUGACAAAGAUCACCAACUGGCUCUGUACGCUCUCAAAGAUCAGGUAGCGAGUCAGAGCGCAGUCAGUCAGGAGCAGGUGGACAACAUCUUGCAGGAGAACGAUGCUCUGAGGACUAACCUAGUGGCUUUAGAACAGAUUCAGACGAGCAAGAUGCAGGAGGUCAACCUGCUGCGCGAGCAGCAGGAGGCGCAGGCGGCCGAACUGCAGCAGAGUCGGGCGCAGCAGGAAAAGCUUUUGGCCCAGAGGGACGACCUGGAUUCACAGCUGCAGGAGUCCAGUUUUGCCAACAGGAAGUUGUUGGAGCAGUUAACAGAAGAAGGACAAGAGAAAGAGAAGCUCCUGAGGGAGUUUGAAGAGAGCAAGAAGACAGCUGAGAAGAGGAAGGCCAUGUUAGAUGACAUGGCCAUUCAGCUAAACCAGGAGAAGUCCAACCACAAGGAGGCGCUGUCAGACCUCAGACUGCAGCACGAGAAGGAGGUCCUUGGCGUGAGGGCUCGCUAUGAGAAGGAACUUCGAGGUCUUCACGAGGAGAAAACCCGCUCUGAGGAGGACAUUCGGCAGCAGCUCCGAGACGAGAAGGCUCGAAGCAAAGAGCUUGAGAGUCUUCAGACCAAAGUGCAAGAACUUCACAGUCAGCUGCAGUCCCUGGAAGAAACCAAAGCAUGGUUUGAACGACGGCUCAAUGAGGCCAAGGAAAACACAGACAAGUUGACGUUGGAACAUCAGGAAGCCGUGAAAACUCUCCAUGAACAACACACACUUGAUCUACAGGCCAAGCAGGCCGAGGUGGAAGUGGUCCACGGGCAGCUGGUUGAUGUCCAGAAUCAGAGAGACGAACACCACAGCACUAUCGUCAAACUCAAACAGGAGAUCAAAGACACAAUGGAUGGACAGAGGAUAUUAGAGAAGAAAGGAAGUGCAGCGUUGAAGGACUUAAAGAGACAGUUGCAGCUGGAGAGAAAGCGAGCAGACAAACUGCAGGAGAGACUUCAAGAAAUUCUAACCAACAGCAAGAGCAGAACAGGCCUCGAGGAACUAGUCCUGUCUGAGAUCAACAGUCCCAGUCGCACUCAGCAGACGGGAGACUCGUCCUCCGUCUCAUCCUUCUCCUACCGAGACAUGAUGAAGGAGUGCCAGAGCGGCGGUCAGAACAAGUCGGGAGGAGGAAGUCCUCAGUGUCAGCGUGCCGCAGAGCUGUCUGAUGACGAGCUAGGAGAACUGUUCCAAAGGCUUGCUGAGGUCCAGCAGGAGAAAUGGAUGCUGGAGGAGAAGGUGAAACAUCUGGAGGUGAGCUGCUCGUCCAUGGCGGAGGACAUCUGCAGGAAGAGUGCCAUCAUCGAGACAUACGUCAUGGAGAGCCGCAGAGAUGUGUCAGGCGGCGCCACAGGUAGUCAUGGCGGAGCUUCUCAGGCCGACCGAGGAGGUCUGGGUUCCGUCUUGAGGGACCUGGUCAAGUCUGGAGAUGAGAAUGUGCGCGAGAUGAACAAGAAGCUGCAGAACAUGUUGGAGGAGCAGCUGACCAAGAACAUGCACCUUCACAAGGACCUGGAGGUUCUGUCCCAGGAAUUAGUCCGUCUCAGUAAAGAACCAGCUCCUGAUGGCAGUUCAGCUGGGUCCGGCUGAAACUACUUCCUGAGUGAUCUUCCAUUCCCAAAAACCUUAAAUGGAAGAUCGGGGUCAGACGAACACCUGGAACUAACUUCUUGUUUAGAACAUUAUUUAAGCCACCCCGGGCUAUGUUUCACUGCCUGAAUGUCUCCAGCCAUCCAUCCAUCCAAAUCAUGCAGGGAAUGGAAAUGUUUCAGCUAAUUGUUCUUAACGAAUGUACUGUAAUCAUACAAAACUCACAUGAUUAAUUUCCACUUGAGCCUGUCUACAACCUGACAACCUCCAUUGCAAUUAAACACUUGCUUUAUUUGUACAGAUCCCUCCCACCCCUUACUGUAUAUGUCAAGAAAAAAUCCUAUUGGAGGCAUCCGGUGUCUUUGCCUUCACAUCAUGUCAGGCUGUGUCUACGCCCUGGGGACAGACCAACAGAUCCUACAUUACAAGCAAUGUCAUUUAGUUUGUGGCUGUGACUAUUUGUCUGUGUAACUGUCGGCAGUCUUUUACUUUCUAUCAAAGCUUAUACUAUAUGAAUGUGGUUGAAAUAUGAAUAUAUUGAAUAUGUAUUUAAAAUGACUUUCCCUUAUUUUUAUCAAUUUGUUAAUAAUGUUUUGUUUGUUUUGAAACUGUUUAACAUCAUACCUGUAAAUAGAGAUGUCUUAAUUGUUGGGCUGAGUCCAUGUCCUGCUUACUCUAUUGGAUAUUAUUUAUACAAGAAAAGAAGUGUUUGAUAUCCGUUUUGCCUUCUCUUUAACACUACAUGGCCCUGAAUCUAGUAUUUCCGGGGCUGUCACAUCCUCUUGACCUCUGUGUUUGGCUCUGACUACGUAAUGGGAGUGCUGGGGUCUGUCUAUGUUCUGGUUCUUGGAAUGUGAUUUCAAAUAGGAAAGAGUAUUUCUAUCAUGAAGCAAAAUAAAAUGAGUGAAAAAAAACA